UGGCAACUGGUGGUGGGGCUGCAGUGGGGUAGUAGCGAUGGAGUUUCCGGUGGUAUGGGGACUGCUCUUUGGAGCAGCGCUACUGUGUGGGGGUGAGGCAGCCUGUGGUUAUCAGUCCUGCCCUGUGACCAAACCCAACAUGCUCAAUGUCCAUCUUAUCCCGCACACACAUGAUGAUGUGGGCUGGCUGAAGACGGUGGAUCAGUAUUUCUUUGGAGUUCGUAAUGACAUCCAGCACGCUGGGGUGGAGUACAUCCUUGACUCGGUCAUUCCUGAGCUGUUGGCUGACCCCAGCAAACGUUUCAUCUAUGUUGAAGUGGUGUUCUUUGCCCGCUGGUGGGGGCUGCAGACAGAAGCCACCCGCCAGGCUGUGCAGCAGCUUGUUGCCGAGGGGCGCUUGGAGUUUGUGAAUGGCGGCUGGUGCAUGAAUGACGAGGCAGCUGUACACUACUCGUCUGUCAUUGAUCAGAUGAGCCUUGGCCUCCACUUCCUGAAAGAGACAUUUGGCGAGUGCGGCCGGCCCCGGGUGGCCUGGCACAUUGACCCUUUUGGGCACAGCCGGGAGCAGGCGUCGCUGUUUGCACAGAUGGGCUAUGAUGGUUUCUUUCUGGGCCGCAUCGACUAUCAGGACAAGGCCCGGCGCGAGGCAGUGCGGGAGAUGGAGCAGCUGUGGCGUGCGAGCGGGAGUCUAGAACCUCCAGUUGCUGACCUCUUCACUGGUGUCCUACCAAAUGGCUACAAUCCUCCGAUGUCUCUCUGCUGGGAUCAGUCCUGCUCUGAUGACCCCAUUGUGGACGACGACAGCGAUGAAAACAAUGUUCAGAAUCUAGUGGCCUAUUUCCUAGGGGUUGCAUCUGCCCAGUCCAAGCACUAUCGCACCAAUCAUAUUGUCAUGACAAUGGGCUCUGAUUUCCAGUAUGAGAAUGCCCUCCUCUGGUACAAGAACAUGGACAAGCUUAUCAAGCACGUCAAUGCGCAGCAACUCCAUGGGAGCCACGUCCAUGUUCUCUACUCUACCCCAAGCUGCUACUUGUGGGAGCUGAAUCAGGCCAACCUGUCCUGGUCUGUGAAAUAUGAUGACUUCUUUCCGUAUGCUGAUGGCCCCCACCAGUUCUGGACAGGCUACUUCACCAGCCGGCCAGCUCUGAAACGCUAUGAGCGGCUCAGCAACAAUUUUCUACAGGUCUGCAACCAGCUAGAGGUGCUGGCUGGCAAACGCGCUAACGUGGGGCCUUACGGCAAUUCCAGUAGUUAUGAGCUGCGCAAGGCCAUGGGAGUUGCUCAGCACCACGAUGCAGUGAGCGGCACAGCAAAGCAGCAUGUGACCAACGAUUACGCCAAACAGCUGUCAGUUGGUUGGGAUGCCUGCCAGGUUGUGAUCAGUAAUGCCCUGGCCAGUAUUGGUGGCAGCAAGGAGAACUUCAUGUUUUGCACAUAUCUCAACAUCAGUAUCUGCCCACUGACUGAAGCUGCCCAUACAUUUGUGGUGGUUGUCUACAACCCGCUUCCACGCCUCGUGAACCAGAAUAUCCGACUGCCAGUGAAUGGAAACCAUUAUUCAGUGACAGCUCCAGAUGGCCAGGCGGUUCUGAAUGAGGUCAUCCCUGUAUCGAGCUUCACUCAGAAGGUGCGGCGUGAUCGAGGCAAUGCUAUCAAUGAGCUGGUAUUCCAGGCAUCUUCUCCUCCAGUGGGCUAUAGUUCUUACACCAUAUCCAAAGUGCCUGGCAGGAACCAAGCUCACUCCAAGCUGCUGAAGAGGCUGUAUGAGCCAGCCCCGCCUGCAAAGGGAAUUCAGAAUGAGCAUCUGCGGGUCUUGUUCGAUCCCAAAACAGGCCUUCUGAAGGAGAUUCAGAACCUGGACAAGAGCAUAUCGCUACCAGUUUCUCAAAACUUCUUUUGGUACAAUGCCAGUGCUGGAAACGAUGACAAUGAACAGGCGUCUGGGGCCUACAUCUUCCGUCCCAACAAUUCCAAAGCCUUUCCCAUUAGCCAGGGAGUCCACUCUUACCAGGUGAAGACCCAAGUGGUACAGGAGGUGUACCAGAAUUUCUCCAGCUGGUGCUCCCAAGUGGUACGGCUCUAUGCUGGGCAACCGUAUGUCGAACUUGAGUGGACAGUAGGACCCAUCCCAAUCAGAGAUGGCCUUGGCAAGGAGAUCAUCAGUCGCUUCAGUACAAACCUGCAGACCGAUGGGCGUUUCUACACGGACUCCAAUGGGCGUGAGAUUCUAGAGAGAAGGCGGGAUUACAGGGCCACGUGGAACCUGAGCCAGACUGAGCCAGUGGCUGGCAACUACUACCCUGUGAACAGCCGUAUCUACAUCAAGGACCAGAAGGUUCAGCUAACAGUACUGACGGACCGUUCUCAGGGAGGCAGCAGCACAGCUGAUGGCUCUCUUGAGCUCAUGGUACAUCGGCGGCUGCUGUAUGAUGACAGCCGGGGUGUAGGGGAGCCCCUGCUGGAACCUGGUGUUUACCAUGACGGGCUUGUGGUCCGGGGACGCCACCUUAUCCUUCUAGACACGGCAGAGUCCUCCGCUGAGCAACAUCGGCUGCUGGCCCAGCAGGAGUUCAUGGCCCCCCAGCUAGUGCUGGCACCUGGUGGAGGACCUCCAUACCAGCCUGGCCAGCGCAGCCUCAAGCAGAACAUGUUCUCUUCCUUCACCAUUGUCACCGUGCAGGAGAUGAAUUUGGCUGCCAACCAGAAGCAAGAGGACAUGAGAAGGCUCAUCUGGCAGUCAGAUGCAGCUUAUCAGCUAGUGGCCUUCAAAUUGCCAACAGCCUUGUCUAUAUCCUCAGGCACUACUAAUCAAAACAGUCAAGUGCCAUGGGAGCGAGGGGAGAGUGCUAACAGCUCCAUGCCUGUCACCGUUAACUUGAUGAACUUGUUCUCUUCCUUCACCAUUGUCACCGUGCAGGAGAUGAAUUUGGCUGCCAACCAGAAGCAAGAGGACAUGAGAAGGCUCAUCUGGCAGUCAGAUGCAGGCACAGCAAGGUACCGGUCAAGCAGUAAGCUGGAUCCAGCAAGGAUCACACUACAGCCCAUGGAGAUUCGGACCUUCCUGGUUCAAAUACAGCAAGAGUUCCACAGAUGAAAUUAACACUCUCCCUCAGAUUCUGUCCAGUUGGGAGUCAGCCAUUACCUCAAGCAGUGGAAGGACACAGGAAGUCUCCUGGGGGACUUUUCAUGCUGGAGCAGAUGUCUCCAGCUGUCUGGGCCAAAUAUUCUCAUCUCGUGUAGAGAGAGGAUUCUUUUGGGCUGCUUAAAGCCUUUCUUGGAGUUUGCUUUGAUUUUCCCCCUUAUUGGUGAAUGGGGAAAGGAUCACAGAAGAAUGGGCUGUUUCUUCUCUUCUGUAAAAGGCUGCAAUGCGAUUGUGUUUUUCCUUAAGGAAGCAUAGUAGCCUACUGUUAAGUGCAAUCAUUACCUUUUUAAUAAACCACUUCAUAAAACCUUUUAGAACCUGACAGGGAAAAAGGAGCACCUCACAUUCUUCGAAAGGCCAGUACUAGUUUGCAAAACGGCCAUUGCCCCCCUGUACCUGCAAGUCUGCCACAUCUUCCCCUUUCUAUGAUCUGCAGCACUCCUGGAGUGGAAGGAAAGGAGGGACAGGCUGCCGCAUCCCUAACACUGCUGUGUUUGGCAGUGAACUUUAAGGGCACAAAUGGGAGGAGCUGCAGUCUUUGGCAAAGAACAAGGAAGAGCCAGAGUCCCACUCAUGAACAAUUGCAAAA